AUGGCACCUGUGUCCCACUCCUUGCCUGCCGCCAGCUCCGAGCGCCGUGGCUGCUGCUCGCGGUCCCGAUCCCGGUCCCAUGAGUGCAAUGGCCCGAGGUGCCUGAGCCACCGGCAGAGCUGCUGCCAGUCCCAGAGCCCCGGUAUGCUGCGCUCCUCUGCACGCCAUGCGCACCACCACCACGGGAAAUGGCCUGAGCAGUAUGAGAAGGAGAAGGAGGAGAUCCUGUGGCAGAGGAGACUCAAGGAGAGAGAAGAACUGGGGGCACCUGAAGUCUGGGGGCUGUCACCAAAAGUUCCUGACUCAGAUUCCAAUAAGCACACACCAGUAGACGAUGGAAGAGGCAAACUAAUAGUAAUUAGUAAUUCUUUGGAUUCCAGCUCAGAAGAGGAAAAGAAGAAAAGACAAAAGAAAAAACGUAAAACAUCCAAAAGAAAGCACAGGAAACAUUCUGAGGACCGCGACAGUGACUCAGAGUCUGAGCAGAACUCCAGUGAUGAUGAUAAAAAGAAAAGUGAGAAGGGCAGGAAGGAAUCCAGUGAUUCAAGUAGUGAACAUUCCGGUGAUAAAAUGCUUCAAGGGCAUGAUCUCUGGAUUGAGAGGUCAAAAAAUACUGAAGCUGAAAGUUUGAUUGGACCAGAGGCUCCCAAAACUCAGGCAUCUCAGGAUGACAGGCCUUUGAACUAUGGACAUGCCCUCCUGCCCGGCGAAGGUGCAGCCAUGGCAGAGUACAUAACAGCAGGGAAACGCAUUCCCCACAGAGGUGAAAUCAGCUUGAGAAGUGAAGAGAUCGCAUUGUUUGAGAGCUCUGGUUAUGCCAUGAGUGGCAGCAGACAUCGCUGCACGGAAGCUGUGUGUCUGUGUAAAGAGAACCAGAUUUACAGUGCAGAUAUAAAGAGAGCUCUGGCAUCCUUCAACCAGGAGGAGAGGAGGAAACGAGAGAAUAAGAUCCUUGCAAGCUUUCGAGAGAUGGUUUACAGAAAGACUAAAGGCAAAGAGGAAAAAUAA